CUGAAACACUGGCCCGAAACGUCCGCCUUCGGCGACACCGAAACACGGAGGAGGUAGGAAGUCAAAGACGCAGUGGAAUGCCGGCAGCCUCCGUCCGAAGAACCCGCCGGAGCCCAGUCCCGAAGCAACCAUUGGCUCGCUCCGGCCCCAGCACGUGCGGGGGAACCCCGGCUCCUGCACUCCCCUCGGGCCAGCUCUGCACCUCGCCGCGGCCCGCGCCCCUCAGCUACCAGCCCAGCGCGCCGCCUCCGGCUGCGGCCCACGCGGCGCUCGCCCGGAACAUGCGGACCGAGAGGAGCGGACGAGCCUGGCUUGAGGCGAGGCCAAGCCCCAAACAGCCACUUCCUUUGGGGAAAAUGGAUUACUGGUUACACACCUGGAAGCUUCAUUUUUUCAGAUAAGGCACCAAGAAGACUUUCUCUCUUUCAUAUCCAUC